GCCGAAAAACUCCGACGAGGAAGGAAAGGGGCUGACCCGGAAGUGGUUCAUUCUACCGCACAUUGCUGAAACGUUGUUGGUACGGAGGGAACGGUUGGAGAACAGUGGAAUACACACUGAGCUAGACAUAUAUAUUCACCAUGAGUCUGUUAACAAAACCCAAGUCAGAGAUGACCCCAGAGGAGCUCCAGAAAAGAGAGGAAGAGGAGUUCAACACUGGCCCGCUGUCUGUACUUACCCAGUCAGUAAAGAACAACACCCAGGUCCUCAUCAACUGUCGAAACAACAAAAAACUGCUUGGAAGAGUCAAAGCUUUUGACAGACACUGUAACAUGGUUUUGGAGAACGUGAAGGAGAUGUGGACCGAAGUGCCCAAGAGUGGGAAGGGGAAGAAGAAGUCAAAGCCAGUGAACAAAGACCGCUACAUCUCUAAAAUGUUCCUGAGGGGAGACUCCGUCAUCAUCGUGCUGAGAAAUCCUCUGAUCACAGGGAAAUAAACUGAGCCCUUUUGCACCAAGCUACAUUUUUUGACUUUUUGUUUUCAUACCUUUCUUUUCCUGAAUUGUUGCCAGAAGUCUCCUGUUUUCAUUUAGAUAAUAAAAUUGAUCACUAGAUUCAAA